AUGCGACCAGAGGAGCAGCCGGAGGCCCCCAGCGGGCCAUGGCGCGCCGCGUCGGCCUUCACCAUGGGCGCUGUCGGGCUCUUGUGCAAAGGAUUCCUGAAUGGCCUGAGCAAGGUUGAGACACAUGGAAUGGAGGGCUUCCUGAAGCUAUUGGAUGAAAGAGAGGACCCAGCGAGUAGGCAACGAGGCCUCAUAACUGUCUCGAACCACAUCUCCGUAAUGGAUGAUCCCAUACUAUGGGGCAUACUACCACUCGCCUACAUAUUUACCCCGGACAAUCUGCGCUGGGGAUUAGGUAGUUAUGAUCUAUGCUUCACCAACAAAGGACUGUCGACAUUCUUUACCUUUGGACAGGUUCUACCCACACAUCGUUCGGCGCAUUCCCAAUUCGGCGGCCUAUUCCAACCCACCGUAACGCAAGCGAUCCGUCUUCUCUCACACGGCCCGUUCCACGAGCAAGAACCACCAGAAAAGCCUACCACAUCGCUCAAGAGCCCAGACCUCAUCGAUCCUUUUACCGACGGCCACCUCACAUUCUCUACAAACGGACAAGACACGUUUCCUGCGCCCUCGGCAUACCUGAAUCGGCGGCAUGCGUGGGUGCACAUCUUCCCUGAAGGCAUGAUACACCAGACGGAAGACAGGAUCAUGCGCUACUUCAAGUGGGGAGUAUCUCGAUUGGUACUUGAGAGUGAGCCGAUGCCAGACAUCGUCCCCAUCUUCAUUGAAGGCUUCGACAAUAUCAUGCACGAGACACGCACCUUCCCGCGCUUUAUACCACGGCCGUUCCAGAACGUCAGGGUGACGUUUGGUGAGAAGCUGGAUGCUGAGGAGGUAUUCGGCGACUUGCGCGCACGCUGGAAACAGAUGCGCGCAAACGAGGAGAGGAAGGGAGGAAAACUGCAAGUCGGUGUUCUCAACGACGCCCUGAAGUACUCCGACGAGGCCGUCAGCAUACGCAAAGAGUGCACGCGGAGGAUACGGCAGGCGGUUCUGGACGUCAGGCGGCAGCGAGGCUACCCUGAAGACGACCCGAAGAACGGCCUCGCAGAGACAUGGCUGAGAGAAGGCCCGGGUAGAGAGGGGCACAAAAGGGAUGGCAGCAUCACAAAAGACACAUGA